CAAAGGACGUGUUACGAAUCAAGGCGCGAUACAAGGUCCAGGAGUAUCGAACAAUUGGAGUGAUUUAGGCUUUAAAAUGACAGGAGCAGAGGAAUUGCUGAAACUUAAAGCGGUAGAUUUAUCGCAGGAUCUACCCGUAGAAAUUCUUCAUACAUUACUCUUGGGAAUGACCAAUUAUUGUUUUAAGAUUGCUCACGAUCAUUUUUUAAACGAUAGUCAACUCAAAAAGCUUACAGAAUUAUUCAGAAACUAUAAUUCAAAGGCGUUACAUCGUAAUCUCACUUCUUCUUUGAGCGCCUAUCGUUCUUACCUUGGUAGAGACUUUAAGAUUCUUGUGCAGCUUUUUCCUUCGAUUUUACAGAAAGCCAACUUCCAGGACCCUAACAUGUUUGCUGAAAACCAUGAUUCUUUUGUGUCAAUGUACUAGUGCUUCAACAAUUUGUCAUUGCUUGCCUCCUUGGUUUACAUGAAAAAGAUUGACAAUUUUAAUUAUUACAAACAUAUCCUAAACAACACUGUGUCAGAGACAAUAAGAUCGAUGGAUAAUUUGCACCAUACCACUGUUAGUAGAAGAA